AUGCUCCCCCAUACCACACCACACCACACAACACUGCACCACGCCACACCACACUGCUUCACUCUACACCACACAACACUGUAUCACACCAUACCAUACCACACUGCAUUACACCACACCACACUGCACCACACUGCACUACACUGCACCACACCACACUGUACCACACCAUACCACACUGAGUCACACCACACCACAUUCCACCACACUGCACAGCAACACACUACACUUCACCAACACACCACACCAUACCACACCUCACCACACCUCACCACACUGUGUCACACCACAUCACAUCACACUUCAGCACACCACGCCUCACCACACCACACCACAUCACACCACACUACACCACACCACACUGCACAACAUCACACCACACCACACUCACACCACACACCGGCCAGUCACCCAGCAGCAGUGUACAGGAUAACACAAGCCAACAAGUACUUCAUACAUCACACUACACUGCACACCACACACCAGCCAGUCACCCAGCAGCAGUCAGAGACUGAUAUCCGCAUCCACAUCUGCAUCCGCAAAAUGACAUCCGCAUAUACAUCCGCACCCGUGGAUGUCUGA